AUGAUCGGAAACAUCUAUGUCAUCACCGCUAUUAGCGUUAUUGGCGGUGGGUUGUUCGGUUUCGACAUCUCAUCAAUGAGCGCAAUCCUUGGAACGAAACAAUACAAAUGCUACUUCAACCAAGGACCUCAUGGCCCAGGAUUUGACGGCGAAUCUGACUGCUCUGGGCCCAGGAGUGAUGUCCAAGGUGGUAUAACUGCUAGUAUGCCGGGAGGUAGCUUCCUUGGUGCCAUUGCCUCGGGUUUCCUCUCUGAUAUCUGGGGACGCAAAACUUCAAUUCAAAUUGGAUGCAUAAUCUGGUGCAUUGGCUCAAUUCUGGUCUGCGCCUCGCAGAAUAUUGGUAUGCUGGUCGUCGGCCGCUUCAUCAACGGUAUCGCGGUCGGUAUAUGCUCGGCUCAAGUUCCCGUAUAUGUUUCUGAGCUUGCUCCACCAUCUAAGCGUGGUCGUGUCGUUGGAGCUCAGCAAUGGGCUAUCACCUGGGGUAUAUUGAUCAUGUUCUACAUCUCGUACGGCUGCAGUUACAUCAACGGAGUUGCGGCAUUCCGUGUUCCGUGGGGCCUUCAGAUGCUUCCUGCCAUCGGUCUUUACUUUGGCCUGAUCUUCUUACCAGAGUCUCCACGUUGGCUCGCUAAGAAGGAUCGCUGGGAUGACUGCCACUCUGUCCUUGCUCUGGUCCAUUCCAAAGGUGACAUGAACGCUCCAUUCGUUCUCCUCGAAUUGAGCGAGAUUAGAGAGAUGGUUGAAUUCGAGCGCGCAAACAGGGACGCCUCCUUCCUCGAGCUCUUCAAGCCGAAGAUGCUGAAUCGGUUGCAUAUUGGUGUAUUCACACAAAUUUGGAGUCAGUUGACUGGCAUGAAUGUCAUGAUGUACUAUAUUACGUAUGUGUUUGGCAUGGCUGGUUUGUCUGGUGACACCAACCUAAUUGCUUCAUCUAUCCAGUACGUUAUUAAUGUCGGCAUGACAAUCUUCGCCCUCGUAUAUAUCGACCGCUGGGGUCGCCGCCUGCCUCUCCUCAUCGGUGCAACACUCAUGGCAACCUGGAUGUACGCUAAUGCAGGUCUCAUGGCAACCUAUGGAUCUCCCGCUCCCCCUGGUGGCGUUGACCACGUUGCCGAAGAAUCAUGGCAAAUCAAGGGCGCUCCUGCACGAGCUGUCAUCGCCUGCACAUACCUCUUUGUCGCAUCUUUCGCCCCAACUUGGGGACCCGUCUCUUGGAUCUACCCACCCGAGCUCUUCCCCCUCCGUCUUCGAGGAAAGGCAGUCGCAAUUACCACAUGCUCUAACUGGAUCUUCAACUUCGCACUCUCGUACUUCGUGCCCCCGGCAUUCGUCAACAUCCAGUGGAAAGUCUACAUCAUCUUCGGCGUCUUCUGUACUACCAUGGCUAUUCACGUCUUUUUCAUGUUCCCAGAGACUUCCGGAAAGACGCUCGAGGAAGUUGAACAGAUGUUCGAACAUCACAUUCCAGCAUGGAAGACGAAGGUGGAGUUCCAGAAGAUUCGACGUGCUGAAGGGGGCGAGAUUGAUGAUAAGGAAGCGGCGAUGAGGAGGCAGGAGAGCCCCGUGAGGAUGGAGGCGACGGAGGGGAAGGGUAGUUAG